AUGUCUCUAGGAAUGUCUUACAAGCCCAACCUCCAUCAGCAUGUUCUCGGAACUUCCGUGAACCAAGGUGAGGAGGACAUUUCUGUUAAUAUUUAGUCUAGACUCUGUUUUAUCGGGUGUAAAAUUCGAUGUUGUAAUGAAUACCUGGGGGAAGCCCGUGACUGUAGUUUUUGUCCAGUUAUAUGUAUAGGGUCAGAUCCUGAGAGCUGAUUCAUAUCCGCCAUUAUUACUAAUCAUAAAACCGUUUCCCUCUCGUGCAUCCGUAAAGUUUAUAAUUCGGUUGUUCACUCGUCUACCUAAACAGAACACGCGUACUCUAUUGUCGGAUUUUCACGUUGGCUUCUUAAUUCUACGCGUACGGCUUCCUCCAUGAUUGUUUCCCCAAGGCUAAUGAUUGAUCUGGAUGUGGACAGUUCUUUGACCCUUUGAUGACACCCAGUGUUCGCUGAGCCUCAUUGCACCCCCCCCCCCCCCCCCCCCCCCCCUAUACAGCAUACUAUAGGCUGCAUUAGUCUCCUUGAAUGUCAAGAUAAAAUGGACAAAAGUAAUGCAACAUACUCAUUGAAACAACACCUUAAAUACAUAUUUCAUAAAACUAGGCUAACGUUUCAGCCACUUAUACCUGGUCAAUUUCAAAUGAUUAAUUCCAAAUCAAUUUCAUAAUGCAUGCAUGCAUUGCAUGUGGCAUAUAGUAAACUGUAUAUCUUUUUCUUUUUUCACUCCUUCAACAGUUGCUGUUGUUCACUCUACAUCAACAAGCAUAUCAACACUGCAAUCUUACAGGCCAUUAGUGAAUGACUAUGGACCACCAUCUUUCGGCUUUUCACAGGUAUAGACUGAAAUUGUAAAACAUGUUUUGGAUGAUGACAAUGCAUUAUCUAAUGUGAUAGCUAGAUUAUACCACACAUUUUAAAUGUUGCCAUUGUCGUGUGUGAAAAUCCCAGGAGGCCGGCCGUUUCUGAGAUACUGGAACCGGUGUACCUGGCACCGACGAUCAAACUACACUCAAAGUCUCUUAGGUCACUCGUUUUGCCCAUUCGAACGUUCAAUCGAACAGUAACUGGAUGCCUGUCUGCCUGCUUUAUAUAGCAAGCCAUGAACACGUGACUCACUGUCUGUAGGAGCGAACCAUUUUUGUGAACGGGGUGUACCUAAUAAACUGGCCACUUAGUGUAUGUUAGUGACUAUCGUAACUGACAUAAGUCACACUGUUUCAUUUGCAAACCAUUCUUUAUUUCAUUGUAUCACAGAGUUCAAGUGGAAGUCAAGUGCCUCAGAGUAAAUAUGCAGAACUGCUAGCCAUUAUUGAAGAGCUUGGGAAGGAGAUUAGACCAACUUAUGCUGGGAGCAAAAGUGCCAUGGAGAGACUAAAGCGA